ACAAAAAUAAAUGCCAGAAAAUUAACGGAUGACAAUAGCUGUACGCCAAAGAAGUGCUCCUCACCAGAGGCCGAGGAAGAUCCGAUACUCAGGGAACAGUGCGAAAAAUCUUACGUAUGGGAUAUGUAUCCGACAUACGACAUAUUUAAGGUGAAUGAGUACGGUAACAUCAUUGCUCAACUCACUGACAAUGAUGCCUAUGAUGCGGAGGCAGUCAUCAGUCCAGAUGGCAAGAAAAUUCUCUACACUAGCAAGGAAAAUGGUGAUCUGGACAUCUAUAUUAUGGAUAUCGAUGGAACCAACAAAAAACAGCUGACACAUGAACUUGGCUUACGAUGGAGGCGGCUUCUUCUCACCGGACAGCAAGAAAAUUGUUUAUCGUGCAAGUCGGCCGAAGACAGACGAAGAAAUCGCAACGUACAAAUAUCUACUCGAGUUGACGGUCAACAAUUCAUAUUGACUUGUCCUCGACUGCUACAAAGGUUUUUCAGUUCCAACUUCAACUCGACGGGUCCCGACGAUCCCGAUUUCAACUUGUACAUAGUUAAUGAGGACGGCACUGGUCUCGAGCAGGUCUCCACACCACUUACUUCAGUUAAAUCGAACUCUUUCAAGUCCUGGUUUAAGGUGACCUUUGACGGAAGUCACUUUGAUGGAUUCCCAAUGUUCUCUCGUGAUGGCAAAAAACUUGUCUGGUCAUCGGGUCGAGGCUCCGUCAGUUCACAUAGCCAAAAUGUUUUCAUCGCUGAUUGGGUUGAUCCUGGAACAAGCGCAAGUGAUGUCAGUAACGGUGAGCUGGAGAGAGGAGGAUCAAAGGAAGAAUUGCGAACGAAUCGUAUUCCGAAAAAAAAAGAGGCUCAGGUCAGUUUUUGUACGUAUUCAGUAAAAAAUAUAUACAACAUUAGCCUACUACCAAUGAUCUGCAAAUCUCUCACUUUCCACUGCCAGUUCUUUUUUAGUUACGACGACUCAAAGCUUACCCUUCAGGCGACCGGCUAUGGAACUGCGUGUGAUCAGUUGAAUGCAACGACGUUCAAGAACAUCAGGAACACUUGUCCAGCGAAGAAAUGCGCGAAUCCGGCGACCAUAACAGAUCCGGUGCUGAAGCAGCUUUGUAACACCUCCUACACUUGGGACGUUUUCCCUGACUACGAUAUAUUCCUGGUGAACAAGUACGGUAACAUCAUUAAACAACUAACUGACGAGCGUGGAUACGAUGCUGAAGCGGUGCUUAGCCCCGAUGGGAAAACAAUCGCGUUUCACAUCUAUUCGUUCCGGAGAUCUAGAGUUGUAUACGAUGAACACGGAUGGCACGAAUGUCAAACAGGUGAGCUGCAGCUCCAGCUCGUGGCUUCAAAGCCAAAUUCAAGGAAAACUUUAGAUUACCCAUGA